CUCUAAUGAAUAAAAGUGUCUACAUAAUCGCUAUGCCGUGACAAUGAAGACAGACUUUAAAUUUUCCAAUCUUCUUGGAACCGUCUACUGCCAGGGCAAUCUAUUGUAUAGCCCUGAUGGAACAUGCUUAUUCUCACCGGUAGGAAACCGAGUUACGGUUUUCAAUCUCGUGGAUAACAAAUCAUACACUCUUCCCUUUGCGCAUAGAAAGAAUAUCUCGAGAAUUGGCUUGACGCCGCGGGGUAAUCUUCUGCUCUCUGUUGACGAAGAUGGACACGCAAUCCUAACCAAUGUCCCACGACGAAUAUCCAUAUACCACUUUUCCUUCCGAUCCCCGGUCACGGCCCUCUCUUUCUCUCCAUCCGGACGCCACUUUGCCGUGGGACUAGGUCGAAAGACGGAAGUAUGGCAGGUCCCAUCAACCCCAGACUCCAAUUCGGAGGGAGAACUGGAAUUUGCACCUUUCGUUCGACAUCACACACAUAUGGGGCAUUUUGACGAUGUCCAUCAUAUCGAGUGGUCAAGAGAUUCACGCUUCUUCUUGACUGCAUCGAAAGACCUUACAGCCCGGAUAUGGAGUUUGGAUAUUGAGGAAGGAUUUACCCCAACAGUCCUGUCAGGCCACAAGCAGGCUGUUAUUGGAGCUUGGUUUUCAAAGGAUCAAGAAACAAUAUACACUGUUAGCAAAGAUGGCGCCGUCUUUGAUUGGCAGUAUACGAGGCAUCCAAAUGCGCCGCCACCGGACGAGGACGAAGGCAUGGAUGUUGAUGGAGACGAGCGUUGGAGAAUCGUCGAAAAGCACUAUUUUAUGCAGAGCAAUGCUAAUGUUAGAUGUGCUGCUUUCCAUCCCGAGUCCAACCUAUUAGUUGCUGGCUUUUCUAAUGGGAUAUUCGGGUUAUACGAAAUGCCCGAUUUCAACUCUAUCCACACCCUUAGCAUAUCACAGAACGAAAUUGACUUUGUUACGAUAAAUAAGAGCGGAGAGUGGUUAGCCUUUGGGGCCUCUAAGCUAGGCCAGCUGCUUGUCUGGGAAUGGCAAUCCGAAUCUUACAUCUUAAAACAGCAAGGUCACUUCGACUCGAUGAACUCUUUAGUUUACUCUCCCGACGGAAAGCGCAUCAUCACCACAGCCGACGACGGAAAAAUCAAAGUCUGGGACGUUGAUUCUGGGUUCUGCAUAGUCACAUUUACCGAACACACGAGUGGCGUAACUGCAUGCGAGUUCGCGAAGAAGGGGAAUGUUCUUUUUACCUCAAGCUUGGAUGGUUCUAUACGAGCAUGGGACCUUAUUCGAUAUCGAAACUUCCGAACAUUCACUGCACCGAGCCGACUCUCCUUUUCCUGCAUGGCAGUUGAUCCCAGUGGUGAGGUGGUGGCUGCAGGAUCUCUAGACUCAUUCGAUGUCCACAUUUGGUCUGUGCAAACUGGUCAAUUGCUCGACCAAUUAGCUGGCCACGAAGGCCCCGUUUGCUCGUUAGCGUUCUCGCCGAACGGCAGUACCCUAUUCAGUGGUAGUUGGGAUCGGACAGCCAGGAUGUGGUCCAUAUUCAGUCGCACACAGACCAGUGAACCUCUACAAUUACAAGCAGAUGUUCUAGACAUCGCUGUCCGACCAGACUCCGCACAGCUUGCAAUAUCUACUUUAGAUGGUCAGCUAUCAUUUUGGUCGGUCUCUGAUGCUGAGCAAGUAUCGGGUCUUGAUGGGCGACGAGAUGUAUCGGGAGGCCGGAAGGUUACUGAUCGCAGGACCGCCGCCAAUGUAGCUGGCACCAAGAGUUUCAACACUAUACGAUAUAGCACAGACGGCAGUUGCCUUUUGGCGGCAGGAAACAGCAAAUAUAUUUGCCUCUAUUCCGUCAGCACGAUGGUUCUCUUGAAAAAGUUUACUGUUAGCGUCAACCUUUCCCUAUCAGGAACGCAGGAGUUUUUAAACAGUAAGCUACUCACGGAGGCGGGACCGGAAGGAUUACUCGAUGACGAGGCCGACCUUUCAGAUCGUGAGGCUCGGAAGGAUAAGUUAUUACCUGGUUCCAAGAGAGGCGGCGAUCCAUCUGCCAGAAAGAAGUUGCCUGAGGUAAAAGUGACGAGCGUUGGCUUCUCGCCCGCUGGCACUGCAUUCUGUGCCGCAUCAACGGAAGGUCUUCUCAUAUACAGCGUGGAUAACGAACUCCAAUUCGACCCAUUCGAUCUCAAUAUGGAAAUUACGCCAGCUUCAACUCUUGCCGUUCUUGAAAACGAAAAGGACUAUCUCAAGGCUUUAGUCAUGGCAUUCCGCCUCAAUGAAGCACGAUUGAUUAAGAGGGUCUUUCAAUCGGUACCAUAUACGGAUAUCCCAUUGGUGGUGGAGCAAUUUCCCACGGUAUACGUCUCAAGGCUUCUACGAUUCGUCGCAGCCCAGACCGAAGAAUCGCCUCACAUCGAAUUUUGUCUCUUAUGGAUCAAGUCCUUAGUAGAUAAACACGGAUCUUGGCUCGCAGCAAAUCGUAGUAAAGUGGAUGUUGAGCUCCGAGUUGUUGCAAGAGCAGUUACGAGAAUGCGAAACGAGAUCAAGCGAUUGGCGGAUGAGAACGUAUACAUGGUCGACUAUUUACUCGGACAGGCUAACAACAAACGUUUGGACACCAACGGCCAGAAAUUGGUCACGGGUGAAGGCGAUAUCCAUGUGAAGACGUUGGAGUCGGGCGAAGCGAUGAGCUUGGAGGAUACAAUGCAGUCCGAGGCAGAGUCUGAGGCCGGGUGGGUCGGUCUAGAAUGAUGAAAUCACACCAAGGCCACCGAGUUUCGAGGUCCAAAUACGCAAUGCGGUUACGGGCGCGGGACUCAUUUCUCGCCAAAUGCGACCCCUUCGGACUCUGGAGGCAGCAGAUGUUGGCCCUAAUCUUUGGUCAAGUUGAGGGGUUGCCUUCGAGAUAGAGAGAUAGCCUCAUUGCGAGCCCCUUAGUGCAGCAAGUCGAGGUGUUAGUCGCUUACACAAACACAAGGAAAGUCAACAAAUAAUGUUAGUACUGUGAGAGGAGGUUUGUUCUUGCUCACCUGACCCUCUAGCCUAUAAACUUACUCGGUUUUAGGAGGGUAUUUGCUCGGCAAUAUUCCUCAAUCGUCGCAAUAUAAACCGAUACCACCUUAUUUGCGAUGCCUCAUUCUCGUCUCGACCGAUAGCGCUUGGUUUGCCGCCCAAGGCUCAAUAAAUCCACAUUAGACGCAUGUUGGUUGGCUCAUCCAUGCUACUGCAGAUUUGGUGCUCGAUCUAAGCUACGUGAAAGAGGAAGCAACCCUCUAUGUCCUUUCAACUCAG